AUGCCACGUGACCCCCUCAUCGCCCUCGUCGGCAAACCCUCCUCCGGCAAAUCCACCACCCUCAACAGCCUCACCGACACCACCGCCAAAGUAGGCAACUUCCCCUUCACCACCAUCGACCCCAACCGCGCCAUCGGCUACCUGCACAUCCCCUGCGCCUGCUCCCGCCCCGCCCUCCCCUCCAACCAACCCCCAGCACCCGGCGAGCCACCCCCGCUCCAAAAACGAUGUAGACCCAACCACGGCGCCUGCAUGUCAGGCACGCGAUCCGUCCCCAUAGAAUUGCUCGACGUCGCCGGUCUGGUCCCCGGCGCGCAUCAAGGGAAAGGCUUGGGUAACAAAUUCCUCGACGACCUGCGUCACGCCGACGCGCUCAUCCACGUCGUCGACGUGAGCGGGACGACCGACGCCGAAGGCAAAGCGACACGAGGGUACGACCCGAGCGUCGACAUCGUCUGGUUGCGCUCCGAGAUCGUCAGCUGGGUCCUCAGAAACCUGAUGACCAAAUGGGGCGGGGUGAAAAGACGCCACAUCGCCGUCAAAGCCAGCGCCGUCGAAACACUCCAGGGCCAGUUCAGCGGGUACGGGGCGACAAAAGCCAUUGUGAUCCGCACGCUCGACCGCGUGAACACCAAACUCCCCCUCCAAGAAUGGGACGACGCGAUGGUGGAGCGGGUGGUGAACGCCUUCGUCGACACCAAAUUCCCCACCGUCCUCGCCCUCAACAAAAUCGACCACCCGGACGCCGACAAGAACGUCGCCAAGAUCGCGCGCAUGGAGAAGGCGGCGGCGGACCGCCUCGUCCUCUGCUCCGCCAUCAGCGAAGUCUUCCUGCGCCGCCUCGCGAAGCAGGGAUACAUCCGGUAUCAACCCGGCGGCGAAUUCGUGGAGACGCGGGAGGAUUUGGUGGCGGCGGGGGAGAGGGAUGGGGGCGGGUUGAAGGAGUUGGACGACAAGUUGCGCACGCGCAUCGAGAAUUUGAGGGAUCUGGUGCUCUUCCGCUUUGGCUCGACGGGGGUGAAUCAGGUGCUCUCGCGCGCCGCGGAGAUGUUGGGCUUGGUCCCCGUGUUCCCCGUCCGGAAUAUCGCCACGUUUGGGUCUGGGGAGGCGGGCACGGGGGCGGAGAGUCGCGCGGCCGUCUUUCGCGAUUGCGUGUUGGUGAGGAAGGGGAGUACGGUCGGGGAUGUGUAUCGCAAGGUCAUGGGGGAUGCGCCGUUGGCGUUUGUGGAGACGGUGGGCGGGGUGCGGGUGGGGGAGGAGGAUGAGGUGGGGGUUGGGAGGAAUGAUAUCUUGUCGUUCAAGGUUGGACGGGCGUAG